UCCUCUCUGCAUCCUCCCCACCCUGCCAACAACAUGCACCUUGCCAGUUUGGUCAGCUCCUGCUCCCUCCUACUGCUACUGGGGGCCCUUCCUGGAUGGGCGGCCAAUGAUGACCCCAUUGAGAAGGUCAUUGAAGGAAUCAACCGAGGGCUGAGCAAUGCAGAGAGAGAGGUGGGCAAGGCCCUGGAAGGCAUCAAUAAUGGAAUCACUCACGCUGGAAGGGAAGUGGAAAAAGUUUUUAAUGGACUUAGCCACGUGGGGAGCCAGGCCGGCAAGGAACUGGACAAAGGCGUCCAGGGGCUCAACAACGGCUUGGACAAGGCCGGAAAGGAGGCAGACAAAGUGGUCCAAGGGGUCCACGAUGGGGUCAACCAGGCCGGGAAGGAGGCAGAGAAAUUUGGCCAAGGGGUCAACCACGCUGCUGGCCAGGCUGGAAAGGAAGCGGAUAAACUUGGCCAAGGUGUCCACCAUGCUGCUGGCCAGGCCGGGAAGGAGGUGGACAGGUUGCAGCAGAAUGUUCAUAAUGGGGUCAACCAAGCCGGCAAGGAGGCCAACCAGCUGCUGAAUGGCACUCACCCAGGCGUUUCCACCGGCCAGCACGGAGGGGGCGCAACCACAACAGUAGCAUCUGGAGCCUCGGUCAACAAGCCCUUCAUCAACAUUCCAGCUCUGUGGAAGAGCAUCGCCAACAUCAUUCCCUAAACUGAUGCACUGGCCUCACUCAGCAGACUGACAUUCCUGUUGUCAUACUAGCUGAAAUGACCCGGAGGAGCUGGGGGCGGGGGGCAGAUUUCCUGAGUCCCGGGAGGGGGCUGUACUGGGGUUUGUGAAUAAAUAUGACA